AUCGCGGCCUCUGCCCCAGCGACGCAUCGAUGGCACUGGCGCCACGACCACUGGCCACCACAGUUUUCGUCUGCCGGAUGAUGGCGGUCGUUCUGCAGGCCGCGGCCUUGACUUGCGUUGUGCUCGCAGGCGACCUCUGGUUCUCGACGUUCAUAUUCCUCAAAGCUCUCCUGGCGGCGGAGCUGGCCUUGAACGCGGCGCGACUGAUCUACGACGCGGCGCAGGUCUUCUUCCAGAAACCGCUGCCGGCCUUCCGCUGGCAGAUGAUGGGGCUCGUCGCCGCUGACUGGGUACCGUCCAGUAGUAUUCUCUUUCGUGCUCGCCGGCUCGCGCAACCAUAUCUGUCGACCCACGAGUGCGUGCAUGCAUGGAUUGCAGGUGAUGAUGCUCCUCCUUUCCGCUGCUGGGUCGAGCUCCCUCGCCGUGGAGGACUUCGUCCAGAACAACAUGAGGCGUUGCGCGUGGCUGCAUCCCGGGACGUGCGAGCGGUACAAGGCCUCCGGCGUACUUACCUUGCUGGCGUGGGCUUUCACUGCUCUGGUCGCCUGCGUUAUGCUCCGUCUGCAAAGGAUCUGGGAUGAAGACGCCGCCGCCGCCGCCGAUGCGUGAUGGGCGGUCAACUUCUACCUAAGCAUGAGAGAUUUAUUUGAUACUAGACUGGUAAAUAGUUUAGUUCGGCUACUAUCGCUACGACGUCACAAUGUGUACGUACGUGUAGACGUACUACCCCCCUAUGAUUAUGAUGAUAUAUU